AUGAGCAAAGUGGCUUCGAUUACAAUACGUUUGGAAAUACAAGCUGAUGCACCGUUCAUUAAGUUCGAGUUUGUUGAUUCUAACGAAGUGAAAACUAAGCGACAACUUGAAAAGAAAUCAAUGGCUGAAAGGACGAAGCACAAGAAAGUAAAUCCGCGGCCUAAUAGUGAAGCGGAUUCCUUCCAACCAACUGCAGUGGAUAAGACGGCAGAAUUGGUUGAUCAAGCAUCGAAGCAAGUACAGUGCUUAGGCAAUCGCAAAUACACAGAAGUGAUUGUGCAGACUUUCUCAAAAGAUCAAAGAGUAUUCAAUAAAGAGAAAUCUCUUACUCUCGAUGGUCAAGAGGAGCCUUCAUCCGUACAAGCAAUUGCUUCCGGUUCUUCUCUUUCUCUAGGAACAACUGGGGAAGUGCGAAAUGAAUCGGAUUUAUGCAAUAUAUCAUUCUUUUCCGGAAAUCCAUUUGUCGAAAAAACGUCAGGGAUUCUUCAUUUUUACAAAAAAAGAGAAACGAAUUCAGUAGAUAAUGGAAGUGAUUGUUCAAUAUUAUGCAUGUUAGGAGUCCCAUCGUUGCUUUCAUGUCGCGAGUUGUUAAGAUUUAUUACUCCAAGUUCACAAUAUAUUACUGCAAUGAAAGUGAUACGUGAUUCAACACCAAAUCAGUAUAUGGUUAUUAUUAACUUCCGAUCUCAUGAUGCUGCUGUACGUUUUUACGAUGAGUACAAUGGCAUAACAUAUAAUGCAAUUGAACCAGAAAAGUGUUCUUUAGUCUUUGUUCAAAAAAUUGAAUCGGUUCGUGAAGAAGCUGGUGGUAGCUUGCCUGCUGAAAACAUGACAGAAUUGCCAACAUGUGCUGUUUGUCUGGAACGUAUGGAUGAUGGUGUGCUGACUAUUCUAUGUAACCAUACUUUUCAUGCUGAAUGUUUAGAGCAGUGGGCGGACACGACAUGUCCAGUAUGUAGGCAUAAUCAAACGCCUGAAUUGGUGGCGGAUCAGAAGUGUUCUGUUUGCGGAAAAACUACGGAUUUGUGGAUAUGCUUAGUUUGCGGUAAUAUUGGUUGCGGCCGAUAUGUAGAAGGUCAUGCUUAUAGACAUUUUGAAACAACUUCACACACAUUUACUUUGGAAAUUGGUGGUGAACGUGUGUGGGAUUAUGCGGGUGACAAUUAUGUUCAUCGCUUGAUACAGAGCUCACCUGAUGGCAAAAUGGUCGAAUACAGGAGAAGCGGUGUUAGUGAUAGCGGUGAAAAUCCAGGCGAAAAAUUAGAAUCGAUUCAGUUGGAAUACACUUGUUUGCUUACGAGUCAAUUGGAAUAUCAAAGGACUUUUUACGAGACCAAAAUGAACGAACAAGAACGACUAUUUAGCACGUUAGAAAAGCAUAAUCAGGCUCAGGUUGACAAUCUUGAGAAAGAAAUGGAGGUAACACGACAGGAAUGCGAUGAAUUAAAAAAAACUUUAGCUUCUUGUACACAACAACGGCGCACUAUGGAAAAAAAGUGUCAAAAUAUUCAGAGUAAAUUGAACAAAGCAUUAGAAGAAUUGGCAGAGGAACGUGCUUUAAAUAAGUUAUUACGAUCCGAUCAGGAGAAGUGGUCUGCGAGAUUAACAGAAAUGGAAGCAAAAAAUGCCAGUUUACACGAGAAAUAUGUUUCUACAGUUAAUGAUCUCAAUGAACAAAUUCGUGACUUAAUGAUGCACUUCGAAGCCGAAGCUAAAAUACAGGAUGCAGUAGAAAUGAAUAAAGUUACCGAACAGGAAAUUAAUGAAGGUAGCGUAGUUGUGGCAAAUCCACCACAGCGUACCCCAAUGCGAAAUCGGAGACGCAGGAAGAAGUAA